GAUACCUUUUUAUUAUUUAAAAAGAACACUUAAAAAAAAUAAGGCGGCUGCAGUUUCAUUCCUGUGAUUGUACUUCCGCUUUUAACAGUGAAUGACCAAGCAGAUAAUUCAACUGGUGCAGCACUUACCAAAGUUUAAAAGCUCAGCCGCCGCUUCGUCCCUCCGCCACCCGAAGAACUUCAACCGAAGCAGGAAUGGAAUCUUCCCCGCCCGCAGACACUCUGAACGGAGAAAAGGUUCCCCACGAAGCUCUUUCUCUUUAAUCUGGGUUUUGCUUUGUUUUUCAUUCUCUUCUCCCCAGGUUUGGAUCCUUUUAAUGGUUAAUUAUAUUGUUGCUGCUGCUGCUAAUGAUAAUCGUUAUACUCUAGCUGCAUGCGAAUGGGAUGUUCCACUCCAUGGAAAAAAUGAAUGAACGGGAAGGUGACACAGGGCUGAUCUCUUCCCUGGCCGCCCGCUCCGCUUUCCGUACGGAGCUGGAGAAGAGGGGGCUGGCCAGCGGAGAAAAGCGAGGCUGUUGCAGCCGCCGCCGGGGCCUGUUCACCGAGGGGCAUGUAAAUUCAGGAUUCUUCUUUGUUUCCCAGCUGAACAAGCAGGAUGCCAGAGCAAAGUAAUGAUUACAGAGUUGUUGUGUUUGGAGCUGCUGGUGUUGGUAAGAGUUCUUUGGUACUUCGUUUCAUAAGGGGGACCUUCCGGGAGACAUACAUCCCCACUGUUGAAGAUACUUAUCGCCAAGUGAUCAGCUGUGACAAAAACAUCUGUACUCUUCAGAUCACAGACACCACUGGAAGCCACCAGUUUCCUGCCAUGCAGAGACUCUCCAUCUCUAAAGGCCAUGCAUUCAUGUUGGUGUAUUCGGUUACCAGCAGGCAGUCAGUAGAAGAGCUUCAACCAAUCUAUGAACAGAUCUGUCAGAUCAAAGGAGACAUUCAGAAAGUCCCAAUUAUGCUGGUAGGAAACAAGAGUGAUGACACCCAGAGAGAAGUGGGCACCAGUGAAGGAGAAGUCCUUGCCACUAAAUGGAAAUGCUCCUUCAUGGAGACAUCAGCUAAAAUGAACUACAAUGUGCAGGAGCUUUUUGAAGAGCUCCUUAAUUUGGAAAAGAGAAGAAAUGUAAGUCUGCAGGUAGAUGGCAAGAAAUCAAAGCAGCAGCGAAAGAAGGAUAAACUGAGAAGCAAGUGUUCUGUGAUGUGAUACACAACACGUGGCACCUGUGUGGCUAAAAUAAGUGUAGUCUUGAUCUUGCAGAACAUACUGAUCUAUUCAGAGAAAAUCCUGAAUAUAGAGAUUUUCAGAGGCUAAGGGUACCUUUUAAAGUGUUAGUAUUAAAUAUGGGUUGGGUCUUAUUUAAUGGCAGUUGAAUUUUGCAUGUUUCAUUUUGCACAAGCAUCAUCUGUGCCCCCUGCAAACCAGUGUUAGCACUGGAUAAUGUUCUGUGGUCAGGUGCAUGAUAAGAAGUGAAAUAAAGCCUGCAUUGUACCGCUGCAUUCUUAUCUUUUCUUCAACUUGCAACAUAUUCCCUCUUACACAAAUACUAAUGCAAAUGAGCAAAUCACAACAAGAUUCUACUGAGUAAGCCAGUACAGUUAGACAGUAGUUUGUCUAAUGCUUGCAUAUACUUUGAGCAAAAAAUAAAUGCUUGCAGAUAGCAACUUAACCGGAGUUCUCUAGCUAUUAUAGAUUAUUUGUAUUAUUUAUGGUGGUCCUUCAAAUAUGUAUAUUUACAGGAAAGAAACUUUGUUCUCAAAUAACUAUUCCACAUUAUAUGUAAAACUUUGUAUGUGGUAAUUCUAUA